CAGAUCAGGAUGUCCGUUUACAUGGGUGUUUUUAAGUGUAGGGGUGGGAUUUCGGGAGAGAUGCCGUCCAAUAAGUGUGUCUCAGACGCCCCGAUCACACAGUUUGUGAACUGUAGGAUACUGAAGAACCACAGACUGCAAUGGGAAGACCUGUGGGUCCGCGAGGGCAAGAUUCUGAACCCAGAGAAGCUGUUUUUCGAUGAAGAGGGUUUUGCAGAUCUCAAAGUUGACUGCGGGAAUAAAAUCAUUGCACCUGGAUUCAUAGAUGUACAGAUAAAUGGUGGAUAUGGCAUCGACUUCUCCCAGGCCAGUGGUGACAUCAGAAGAGGCGUGGCUCAGGUGGCCAAAAAGAUUCUAGAACACGGUGUCACUUCCUUCUGCCCGACCCUGGUCACGUCUCCACCGGACAUAUACCAUAAGGUCAUUCCUGAGCUCAAAGUUCAGGAUGGAGGACCUGAAGGGGCAGGAGUUUUAGGUAUUCAUCUGGAGGGGCCGUUCAUCAGUGAACAGAAGAGAGGCGCUCACCCUCCUAAGUUCCUCCGCACUUUUAAAGCGGGGGGCGUGGCCGACCUGAUGGAGACUUAUGGGCACCUGGACAACGUCGCCAUGGUGACCCUCGCACCAGAACUAGCCAAUAGCGCGGCUGCAAUCCGUGAACUGUCAGGAAGAGGCAUAGCGGUGUCACUUGGUCACUCUAUGGCUGAUCUCUCUCAGGCUGAAGAGGCUGUGCAGCAUGGAGCCAUGUUCAUUACACACUUAUUUAAUGCCAUGCUGCCUUUCAUCUGA